AUGGAUGAGUACUGCAUGAAGCUGAUGAACUGGUCGAAUCCGAGGAUGAGACUAACAACCGCAGUAGCCGCCACAACUACGACGUGGUGUGACGUCACAACAGCAACAUCUGACGUCACAGAAACAACAUUCCCAGCGCAAACGACAUCUUCACCGGACGCACAGCAACUCCUACUACUUCAGCAGCUGAUUCAAAACUUCACGUACUACAGCAGCAGCAGCAGCAACAGUACGAACGAUACAUCAUUGACCACUAGCAAAACGACGACGACGACGACGGCAGCGUUUGUUUCGCCUCCCGAGGGCGACCUCAUAUCUGUCGUCUCAACCGGAUUCUCCGCCAUUGAAAAUGUAACAGAGAUGGUGCAAAAUUACUUAACUAGGUACGCCGAUCACUUCAGCCAGUUCUUGGAAUACAAAAUUUUAAAUACGAUCGCUAUGAUUGGGCUGAUUUUCAACCUCAUAACGAUUUUUCUUGCCAGAUUUGAUAAAGAAACGCCUAAAAAUUGUAAAUUUGUUUUUAGAUGUUAUCUAUUGUUUGAAGAAAUAUUUUUAAUUUUCAUUUUGGCAUUCGUGGCUAUGAGGAAGUCAUGGAUAUAUGAAGGGAAUAUGGAACCAAUGACGCACUUUACAUGUUUUUUGGAGCUAAUUCUACUCAUUCAACCGUGGUUUUUCAAUCAAAUUAUCAUUUUAUUAACAAAUUCUUUAUCUGAAAUGAGUUUGGAUCGCAAAGUGGCAAAAUGUGACGUCGAUUUAUCAAAUUUGGUGAAGAAAUUGCUGACGGUUUCGUUCGUAGCCACGCUAUUUGUAAUCCUCUUCACCCCGACAGUGCGAAUGUUUAUUAAUGAGAGUAUAUCGAAUCACUUCAUCUGUGAUGUUCCGCUUGAAAAUUAUUGGGACCUGUACGAUUUAUCGGAUAAUAAAAAAAUAAUCAACAUAUACAUCCAUCUAUUUUACGUGUUCAGCUUUACUGCAUUCAAUUAUCUCAUUCCUUUGGUCGUGCUAUCAAAAAAUAACUGCAAACUGAUCGAUUUGGUAAGAAAAAUUCACAUUGAUAACAAAUCAGAUCUGAGUGAGAAUGAAGAUAACUUUAUAUACUUUGCAAUCAUGAUUUCAAGCACUUGUAACUUUUACACGUCGUCCAUUACAUUCAAACUCGUUCCUAUCUUGCUCUACGACAUUGAGUUUUUAGUAACAUUCAUUGGCAAAGCCAGUCAAUUAAUUUUUACAACGUCAAAGUUCAUCUUGACAAAGUCAAUAUUUCCCUAUAUAUACAGCAAGGAGCACUGA